ACUCAACCCAGCCCAGUCCUGCCAUGAACAUACCUCUACUUUAAGUUAUGCUUAUUAUAUAUUUUUAAGCAAACCUAAGCUAUCGCCUGUUAAUCUUAUUUUAUGGGCGCCUCUGUCCCUCGGCACCAGCUCAUUUCUCGCUGAUGAACCACAAAAUUUCAAGCUUUCCAUGAAAGUUUCUUCUUCAAUCUUUAGCAAGCUCUUGUUCACCACAAAAAACCCAUUCAAGCGGAUUCCUAGUAAGAAAUUCUCAUCAUGUGCUUCAUGUCUUUUAGAAUCCCAACAUUUCAUCACUCAACAACACACUGAAGAAUGCAGCAAUCCUAUGAGUAUGAUCAAAUCGAUACUCUCGAAACGAGGUUUCAAUAUUAACCCCGAGAAUCUACAUGCUGUUGAUUUGAAUGAGUCUAAUUUGAUUCGGAUUUUGAAUGAUUUAUUCGAUGAAAGUUCGAAUUCUGAGCUUGCUUUGCAUUUUUUCAAGUUGUCUGAGUAUUGCAUUGGAUCAUUGCAUUCGAAUAAAUCGGUUUGUAAGAUGAUACAUAUAUUAGUUUCCGGGAACAUGAAUCAUAUAGCGGUGGAUUUUAUUCUAUAUUUAGUGAGAGUUAGUGUUAAGAAAGAUGUUCCUGAGGAUGAAUUGUUGAAACUCUUUUACGAGACUCAUACUGAUAAAACAGUUUUACGAACUGUGUAUAGCAUGCUUGUUGAUUGUUAUAUAAGAGAAAAGAAGGCUGAUUUGGCAUUUGAAUUAACGUGCCAAAUGAAGCAUUUUGACAUGUUUCCGUCAGUUGGCGUUUGUAAUUCAUUGCUUAAGGCGUUGUUAAGGUUAAAUCAAUUGGACUUGGCUUGGGAUUUUCUUGAUCAAAUGAUGAGGCAAGGGAUUCGUUUGAAUGUAUCGAUUUUUACUUUGUUUAUUAACAUGUACUGCAAUAAAGGCCACCUUUUAAGUGCCUGGAAAUUGCUGAUGGACAUGAAAAACUACGGGAUUAAACCGGAUGUUGUUGCAUAUACUAUCAUAAUCAACACUCUUUGUAAGAUGUCUUGUUUAGGAGAAGCAACUUCGAUGCUGUUUAAAAUAACUAGAUUUGGAGUUUUUCCGGAUUCAGUUUUGGUUAGUUCUGUUGUUGAAGGUUACUGUAAAGUCGGAAGACCAAUGGAAGCAAUGAAUGUUAUAAAAUUUUUUAAUCUUAAACCGAAUAUUUUUGUGUACAAUAGUUUCAUCACAAAGUUUUGUGCAGAAGGAAACAUGGUAAAAGCUUCUUUGAUAUUUCAAGAGAUGUUUGAAUUGGGCUUGCUCCCUGAUUGUGUUAGUUAUACUACUAUAAUUGGAGGCUAUUGUAGAGAUCGGGAUAUGGGUAGAGCUUUUCAAUAUUUCGGGAAAAUGUUAAAAUGCGGAAUUAACCCGACUGUGACUACAUUCACAUUGCUCAUUGAUGCUUGCUGCAAAUCCAAAGACUUGGAAAUGGCAGAUUAUUUAUUUCAUAAGAUGAUAAUGGAGGGUUUGGUACCUGAUGUUGUUACAUUUAACACAGUAAUAGAUGGAUAUGGAAAGAUGGGCCUCUUACACAAGGCCUUUAUGCUUGUAGAUAUGAUGAGAUCAGCCGGCAUUUCUCCAGAUGUUACAACCUAUAACAUUAUUAUUGAUAGCCUAAUUAAAAGAGGAUUUACGAAUGAGGCAAAAGAUAUUCUGGAUGAGCUUGUCCGAAGGGGUGUUUCUCCUGAUACGGUGACAUUUACAAAUAUCAUAGAUGGGCUCUCCAAGAAAGGGGACUUUGAGGAAGCAUUUCUUGUAUGGUUUUACAUGAGUGAAUGCAAUGUGAAACCUGAUGUCUUGACUUGCAGUGCUUUACUUAAUGGCUACUGCAGGGAAAGACGGAUGACAGAAGCUAAUGCUCUGUUUGUUAGGAUGCUUGAUAUUGGGUUAAGCCCGGACCUGGUAUUAUACAACACUCUCAUUCACGGAUUUUGUGGCAUUGGAGACAUGGACAAGGCAUGCAACUUGGUGGAAAUGAUGAUUAGAGAUGGUAUUCUGCCUAAUAAAGGUACUCAUCGAGCAUUCAUCCUUGGGUUUGGGAAAAAGUGGGUCAAGAACCCCGAAGAGACUGCAGCUUUGAAACUGCAACAACUUCUGCUGCAAUAUGAUAUCCAUGUUGAUGUCAAUGAUUGUAUAGAUAUGCCAUAACUUUUCAGCUGAUGUGCAACAUUUCCUCUGAGGAUUCCUCCAGCUGUAUGAGCUGUGGUAUUGUCGGUAUGACUUAAUCUUCUUAACUGAGAGCUUGUCCACAAGGUGUCAUCUUUGCUUAAUAGUAAAGAUCUGCUUUGGCACUCAUGAGUAGUUGUGCUUGAUUUCCAGGAGGCUGACUUUAAGGUGUUGUUUUAUCGACCUUUUUUUAUUGAACUACCUGAACAUCCUCAUUUCUAACGAGCAGUUAGGGAUGCAUGUGUCCUUGAAUGAACAUCAAGUAGGAUUGGAUUACUGCAAACUUUGAAGUGGUGUUCUUACCUUGAGAUGGAGCUAUGGAGCUAAUAAGUAAUGGCCAUAAGCCAAAUGAGGUCACAUCUCUCAAGUGCUAUCACACGCAAACUCCCCGGUUACUUUUGAGAAUUUACUAUUUGUUUGAUAUACCUAUGUUGCUUUGGCUUCCAUUUUUGUCGAAGAACACAUGUCCAGUGCGUAUCCAGACAUGGGUAUAGGAAUAGGUACACCAUUGUCGUACCUGACUCAUGCAUCUGAGUGUUAGAAACAUAUGAGUGGAGGGCAAGGAAGGUAACUCCAGGGUCUUCAUCUUCAAAAUGCAGAUAUUCUUUAAAACUUGUUGCAGAUCUAUGACGGCAAUUACCUACCAAGUGUAAUGGUCCUUUGAUUUUAAUUGUCUCCAGUUCAAAACGACAAGCUUCAAAGAGGGCCCCGUGUGUUGAAACUUUGCAUUUUCAGACAUGAGUUUGGGGAUAUACCUUCUCAAAGACCAUCCAAAUAUAUGGAAAAACUUCGAAUGGAGAUUACCUGUGUCGGGCAUAUACUUGCAUCUAACACUCAAAGUCAAGUUUGAGUAACAAUAUAAAAGAUAUUCCUACAGUCCAACACCAUCUUCUACGCCAGUGGUGCUAAAAUCAACCAUCUCAUGUUGUGGCCAUUGGAUGCUCGUGUUUGUUGCUGAUCGGCUUCCGCCUUUGCCUCCGUGGAUCCGAGAUAGCGGAUUUGCUAUGCAGUCGUGUGGGUUUGAUGUGUAGGCCUCUUGUUAUUUCUAAUGCUUUGUUACUUGGUGUGCAUGCUUUAGUCUACCUGGUUUGUUAUAUGCUCCUGGUUUUCUUGAUUUUACUAGGCCAAGAAUAUCCAACCCGACUUUGUAAACCAUUUUUCAUUGGAAUAAAUUCUUUAUUUGUUAAAAAAUAAAA